GUUUCAAUUGUUGUAGCCGAGUGUGUUACGAGUGCCUAAGUGAAAAUCACACUUUAAAGAGACUUUAUACCGUGACUAAGAGCAAAAACGUGUUUGGUGGUUUCAUUUCAAUUUUGCGAGAAAGGAGUGAACCGGCCGAUAAAAUGUGCGAGAACGAUAAGUCAGUCACACACGAGAACGCCGAGGAAGAGGACGACAUGUUCGAGCAGAAUUUACUCGAAGAGGCAGAAUGGAAACGCAUUCAACAGAACACAUUCACGAGAUGGGCGAACGAGAAACUGAAGUCAAUAAACGAGCACAUCGAUGACUUGGAGUCGGAUUUGUCGGAUGGGCUCAGAUUGAUAAGUCUGAUCGAGGUGCUGGCACAGAAGAAACUACCUAAGCACAAUCAGAGGCCGACCUUCAGGUCGCAAAAACUGGAGAAUGUGGCCGUGGUUUUGAAGUUUUUGGACGACGAGGGGAUAAGGAUCAUUAAUAUAGAUUCGACGGAUAUCGUCGAUUGCAAAGUGAAAUUAAUACUUGGUUUGAUAUGGAGGUUGAUCCUUCAUUACUCCAUUUCGAUGCCAAUGUGGGAAGAGGAGGACAGCGGGCAACCCGAUCACCGCGCAACGCCGAAGCAAAGAUUAAUGGGUUGGAUACAAUCGAAACUCCCAGAUCUGCCCGUUUCCAACUUCACUUCCGAUUGGAACGACGGUCGUGCCGUAGGCGCUCUUGUAGACGCCGUUGCACCAGGUUUGUGUCCAGAUUGGCAAAACUGGAAUCCCAAGAAUGCUGUAAAAAAUGCUUCCGAGGCGAUGGGAUUAGCUGACGAUUGGCUGAAUAUUCCACAGCUUAUUAAACCGGAAGAAAUGGCCGAUCCGAACAUAGAUGAAAUGUCGAUGAUGACGUAUUUGUCUCAGUACCCGAACGCGAAAUUGAAGCCAGGCGCACCUCUUCGACCGUCUUCAAAUCAAAAUAAAGUACGCGUUUAUGGUCCGGGUAUCGAGCCUACUGGCCCAGUCGCAAACGCUCCAGCUAAUUUCACCGUCGAAACAUUCUCUGCUGGCAAAGGAAAUGUCGACGUGAUCGUCGAAGACCCUGAAGGAAAUAAAGUACCGGUCGACGUUAGGUUUAACAAAGAUAAAAAUCUCUCCUACGCCGUGUCGUAUACUCCAAGAAAUCACGGACCACACAAAGUGAAGAUACUGUUCGGUGGAAGGGAAGUUCCAAAUAGUCCUUACACGGUCAAAGUAGGCGCACAGGUCGGUGACCCUAGCAAAGUUACAGCAAACGGACCAGGGCUACAACCGGAAGGUGUCGUAGUUAAUAAACCCACUUACUUCGACAUAUUUACGAAAGAUGCUGGACGCGGUAUUCCUGAAGUUAUCAUACUCGACCCACAGGGUUCAAAGACGACCGUACCUGUAAAAGUUUAUCAAACCUCGCCAGAUGUGUGGAGGUGCGAAUACACUACCUCCUUUCCGGGUUUACAUUCUGUAAAUGUAUUUUUCGCUCGAAAAGUGACACCUGGAAGUCCUUACGGGGUUAAGGUAGCCCCAGCGUCGGAUGCAAAGAAAUUCCGAGCUUUCGGACGAGGACUCCUACCGAAUGGAGUUCGCGUUAAAGACGACGCAAAUUUUGUCAUCACUGGGAAGGGUGCUGGCGGUGAUGUACCCUGUGUUAAAGUUAUUGCUCCUGGCGGCGUUAACUGCCCGGUACAGAUCUCUAAAGUUGACCCGCAAACGUACAAGUGCACCUAUACACCGAUCAAAGAAGGACGACAUGUGGUAAUGAUAACGUCCGGCGGAAAAGAAAUUUACAAAUCGCCCUUUGAAGUGAACGUUGGCCCCUACAAGGAAUCGGCGAUCAGAGCUUUCGGUCCCGGCCUUCAUACCGGAAUAGUCGACCAUGUAGCGAAAUUCACGGUGGAUACGAACGGCGAAACCGGUGGUCUCGGAUUUUCGAUCGAAGGACCUUCGAAAGCAAAGAUUGAUUGCCACGACAACGGAGAUGGAACGGCGGACGUGUUAUAUCUACCAACUGCUGUAGGGCAAUACGCAGUCCACAUACUUUGCGACAACGAAGAUAUACCGAAGUCACCGUACGUCGCAAACAUUUUGCCAAAAACUGACUUCGAUCCAAACAAGGUUGAAGUGUACGGGCCAGGAGUUCAAGCAGAAUCUAUUCCCAAUGAUAAACCAACAAAUUUCACAGUAGACGCAAGGAAGGCUGGUCAGGCACCUUUGGAAGUCGCUAUUCAAGAUGCUCUUGGAAGAAAUGUUCCUGUUCGACUAGACGCUACUCAGAAUGGAACAGUGCAAUGUCAAUAUACCCCGAAAUCUGGAUCGCGACAUAUUAUCAUGGUAAAUUACGGCGGCGUAGCUACAAAGGACUCCCCCUAUAGGGUGAAAGUAGAGGCACCAUUAAAUCCUGCUAUGGUAUAUGCCUUCGGGCCUGGUCUUGAAAAAGGGGUGAAGUCGAACAUAGCCACACACUUCAACAUCGAUUGUCGCGAAGCGGGUCCUGGCGAGCUUCGCGUUAAUAUCAUAAAUCCGGAGGGGAAAGACAUUCCCUUACAGUUGACUGACAACGAGGACGGCACGUACACGGUUGAUUAUUCUACAACUAAACCAGGAAAUUACUUGGUAAAUCUGAACUAUGGUGGACUGAAAGUACCUCAGUGUCCCAUUAAAGUCAACGUUCAACCUCAUAUAGAUGUCUCGAAAAUCAAAGUGGAGGGCCUUGCAGAAAGUCCGUGUUUGUAUCAAGAAACAGGAUUUACCAUUGACACCCGAGAAAUUGGGAGUACGGGCAACGACGAUAACACGGUUUCCUGCGUAAUCAAGGAUCCCAGCGGCAAUAAAAUUGGAAAAAUGAUUGUUCCCGUAGGAGAUGGAAUCUAUAACGUUAGUUAUACACCGUUCGAGGAAGGGCCUCAUACUAUAGAAAUACUGUACGAAAAUGUUCCCGUUCCCGGUUCACCGUUCACUGUUAACGUUCGAUACGUUAGCGAUCCCAGAAAAUGUACAGCGUAUGGGCCAGGAUUACAAAAGGGAUACGUUGACAGGCCCAACACAUUCACCAUCGAAUCGAAAGAUGCUGGUAAGGGCGGUAUAGAUCUAUCCAUGGACGGUGCCUCUCAAGUGAACAUGACUUGCAAGGACAAUUACGAUGGAUCCUGCACCGUUGUAUACAUUCCAUCGCAACCAGGUGACUAUGAAGUCUCCAUAAAAUUCGCGAAACAACACAUUCCCGGGUCUCCUUUCCACGUCCCGGUUGUAAACGAACCAGAGACGAGCAAACCUGGAACUGGACCAGAAACAUUGCGAGAAAAUGUACCAGAAACUCGUCAAAAACCAAACCUCCAGUCUCCUGUGGAACCAAGUAAAGUCGUUCUAUCGGGACUUGGGGUUGCGCCAGUAUGCACUGCUUCUUUCCCUGUCGAUUUCGUAGUGGAUACUUCCAAAGCUGGCUACGGUGAUCUCGAAGUACAAGUUCUGGGUCCCGAUAAAAUUCCCCGAAAAGUUGAGAUUCAAGAUCUGGGAGACGGAAAAUACAAGGCAACGUAUUUGCCUGACGAUUGCGGCCGUUACAAGGUGAACGUGAAGUACGGAGGAAAAGAGGUGCCGAGUUGUCCAGUAAACGUCCAGAGUGUCUCCACUGGAAAAGCUGAAAAAUGUAAAAUCAAAGAAGGCAUUCAACACUCUUUGGCUCAAGGUGAGAAGUAUUGCAUCACCGUGGACACUGAAAAUGCCGGGCGUGGCGCAGUCACCUGUCGUAUACGUUCCACUUCUGGAAGUGAAGUUGUAGAUAUCGACAUCGAGGAUAACGGGGAUGGCACAGUCAACAUUUACUAUACAGUUGCGGAUGCUGGUGACUACACUCUUAGCAUCAAAUUUGGUGGCCAACCAAUACCAGACGGAUUUUACACUUUCACGGCCUCAGAGAAGUAUCAAGAACAAAGUACACACAAAACCCAGAGCGCUGUUCGGUCACGGCAGAUACAAGAACAACGUCUAAUCGAACAGCACAGUACAAGUAUACAAGAAAGUUCCGGUCUACCGAAGAAGAGUUUUAACGCUAUCCGGCUGAACAACAUCCCCUUACCAUUGCCAGGUGGCCUCGUAACAUCUGAAGUAAAGAUGCCGAGCGGGAAUGUGGAUAAACCAGUAAUUGAAGAUAAUCGCGAUGGCACGGUGUCUGUUAGAUACGAUCCAAGAGAGGAAGGACAGCAUGAAAUUUCCGUGAAAUUUAACGGUGAACACGUUCAAGGUUCACCGUUUAAAUUUCACGUGGAUUCUUUGGCAAGUGGUUAUGUCACGGCGUAUGGACCUGGUCUGAUAUAUGGCGUAUGCGGCGAGCCCGGAAACUUUACUAUCUCCACGAAAGGAGCAGAAGCGGGUGGCCUUUCGUUAGCAGUCGAAGGACCUAGCAAAGCUGAAAUUUCAUGCCACGAUAACAAGGAUGGAACCGUUUCAGUUUCUUAUCUACCGACUGCUCCUGGGGAAUACAAAAUCACCGUCAAGUUUGGCGACAAACACAUUAAGGGUAGCCCUUACGUUGCUAAAAUUACAGGCGAAGGCCGCAAGAGGAAUCAAAUCUCGGUCGGUUCCUCCAGCGAGGUUCAGUUGCCCGGCAAAGUUACCGAUUCCGACAUAAGAUCGCUGAACGCCUCCAUCACAGCACCGAGCGGUCUCGAGGAGCCAUGUUUCUUAAAAAUGCGACCCAGCGGGAACAUGUGCGUGUCUUUCACCCCCAGAGAAGCUGGCGAGCACACCGUCGCCGUGAAGAAACUGGGAAAGCACAUCCAAAACUCACCGUUCAAAAUUGACGUGACUGAUCGCGAAGUUGGCGACGCGAAAAAGGUGAAAGUAUCCGGCGCGGGCUUGAAAGAAGGUAAAACUCACGUCGAGAACAAUUUCUCGAUCGACACGAGGAACGCCGGUUUCGGUGGUCUAUCGUUGUCGAUGGAAGGGCCGAGUAAAGCAGAGAUUCAAUGCAAAGAUAACGAGGACGGCACGCUAAAUAUUUCUUACAAGCCUACGGAACCGGGUUUCUACAUUAUGAAUUUGAAGUUCGCCGACCAUCACGUGGAAGGCUCGCCCUUCACCGUCAAAGUCACCGGGGAGGGUAGCAAUCGGCAGAGGGAGAAGAUCCAGAGGCAGAGAGAAGCUGUGCCUAUCACGGAGGUUGGCAGCCAAUGUAAAUUGACGUUCAAAAUGCCAGGGAUCACGUCUUUCGAUCUCGCCGCGACUGUUACAUCUCCCGGAGGCGUGACCGAGGACGCGGAAAUCAAGGAAGUCGAGGAUGGCCUGUACGCUGUCGCGUUCGUGCCCAAAGAGCUCGGAGUGCACACGGUGUCCGUUCGUUACAAGGAGAUUCACAUCCCUGGAUCGCCGUUCCAAUUCACCGUUGGCCCUUUGAGAGACGGAGGAGCGCAUAGGGUUCACGCUGGCGGCACAGGAUUGGAGAGAGGAGAACAAGGUGAACCGUGCGAGUUCAACAUCUGGACCAGAGAAGCUGGAGCUGGAACUCUGGCUGUCUCGGUCGAAGGACCUAGCAAGGCUCAAAUCGACUUCAAGGAUAGAAAGGAUGGUAGCUGCUACGUCAGUUACGUCGUUUCCGAACCUGGCGAGUAUAGAGUAGGAAUAAAGUUCAACGAUCAACAUAUUCCUGAUUCUCCGCACAAGGUUUACAUAUCACCAGCGAUGGGCGACGCUCAUAAGCUCGAGGUCGCACAAUUUCCGGAAACCGGAGUACAACCCGACAAGCCAGCCACUUUCCUCGUUCGUAAAAACGGUGCUAAGGGUGAACUCGAUGCGAAGAUCGUAUCGCCGAGUGGCAUAGAGGAUGACUGUUUCAUUCAGUCCAUCGACUCGGAAACGUACUCCGUGCGAUUUUUGGCACGAGAAAAUGGCGUUCACAACAUCCACGUGAAAUUCAACGGCGUUCACAUGAACGGCAGUCCCUUCCGUAUCAAAGUGGGCAAGGUAGACGCGGAUCCCGCAGCGUUACACGCGUACGGAAACGGUCUGAAAGAGAUCAAAACUGGCCAGAAAACGGACUUUAUCAUCGACACUUGUAACGCGGGUACUGGGGCCCUUAACGUGACUGUCGAUGGCCCGAGCAAAGUUGCGAUGGAUUGCACGGAGGUUGAGGAAGGUUACAAGGUCAGGUACACGCCUUUGGUACCUGGCGACUACUACAUCAGCAUAAAGUACAAUGGCUAUCACAUUGUUGGUUCACCGUUCAAGGUUACGUGUACUGGUACCGAUCUAGCGGAAAGAGGCGCUCAGGAAACAAGUUCGAUCGUUGUCGAAACCGUUCAAAAGAUUUCGAAAUCGAAACAAACUGGUCCAGUUUUGCCCUUGUUUAAAUCCGAUGCGAGCAAAGUGACGAGCAAGGGAAUGGGUUUGAAGAAGGCAUAUCUCGGCAAACAGAAUGUGUUUACCGUCAACGCAGCUGACGCUGGCACUAAUAUCCUCUAUGUUGGAGUGCAUGGACCUAAAGGCCCGUGCGAUGAAGUCGGCGUGAAACACACGGGUCGCAACAAUUACAAUGUGAGCUACUUAGUUCGCGAGAGAGGAGAAUACAUAGUUAUUGUAAAAUGGGGCGAUGAACACAUCCCUGGAUCCCCAUACAAAGUUGAAGUCUAAAUACUUAUGCUUGUUUGUUCUGCUUUUUCCAUUUAUGAUCUUGUAAAUUUAAACAUUUUUUGUUUCGUUUGUUAACAGUCCCUAAAUUAAUUUUUUAUUUGUAUUACUUCAGUUUUUGCUCAAUUUUAUAUUAUCGUAACAAUCAUAAACAGAAAGAAUGGAACAAACAAGUCAAACUCCAACGAAACUGUGCCACUUUUGCUCUAAAUCUUAGCGAAAUUAUUUUAUCGGUUACUCGAGCUUGAUUUUCACACAUAUCGCUAAAGAAUUGAUUUACUUGAAAUAAUACGACAAUAAAGUAUUUGCUAUGUAAUAGAUCAAUGCAAUGAAAGAAUCUUUAAACACGAUGCAUUGUUUCGUUACAACUGUUUAUUUAAUGGUGAGUGCAGGAGUACUAAACAGAGAAAGUUUCAUGAAAUUAAUCAGAAUUGAUCUCUUCUGCACAAUACGUUUUUCUGGGUUUUACGAUGUCGAUAAUGUUUCAUUACUCUUUGAAAAAAUAAAUAAUGAAAGCACAACUUUUCGUUCGUUCGAUACAAAUUACUUUGGCGUUGAUAUCAAAGGAAAUAAUUAUUUUAGUAUUGUGGAUUUGAUGCAGACAAAUUUUAACGUUUAAAAUACCAAUUAAAGUACAAAUAAAAUUUAUCCACGGAAAAAGAAACUGUACUCUCAAGUGUGAAACGCGAACAAGAUUAGUUCCAUCGUUAAUUUUGUAGUUAUAGUAUAAUCUCGCGAGAACCAGAAAAGCUAUGUGGCCAAAUUAACUUCUGAAACGCACAUUCGGUGCAUGUAGGGUAAAUCGUAAGAAUCCUUUGAGAACAAACUGUAUUAACCUCAACUGUUUAGCAGGCAGAUAAACUCGUGCAAAGUAGAUAAAAAGUGUUUCAUAUUAUUUUAAUUAUUUCAUUCAGUAAGUAUUACUGAAAUUAUAAUUGUACAUUUAUGUAUUGUACGUUUUACGAGAUGUACACCGAUGAUUAUAAAAGUUGUCGUAGGACCUAAAAUCUUUCAAAUGAUGACAUAUUUGAUUCCGAAUUGGUAGAAUACGGUGUCACCAGUUUUAUUCUAAUAAUUAGAAGCUUCGUGCCAUAUGUGUGUCCAUGAUCUCGCGACAACUGUUAUGCUAGCUAAAAAUAGAUUAACUGACAGUCGAAAUCGAAAAUAAUAUGAAAACGGUAAACUCCAAGAGCGUAUAAGUCAAUUAUUUUUUAAAGAAUUAGGAAACACCAAUUGUGCCUUCCAGUUUAGUUUGAAGAAAACUUAUUUUACUAAAAUACGUUCGAAUGUAAGAAUAUCGAAGAAAUAAUUGUUAAUUAAACAUAUCGAAUAUUAUAAAUCAUGUUACGUGUAAUAAAAAUUACGUUUAUUAAAUAA